CGUGUCAUUGCCAAAACAAACACAAUGCUUGUGAUAUCUCGAGCAAUUCGAUGUAGAAACCGUCUUGUACUAUCAAUUAAUCGGGCAGUGACGCCCUUGAAUCCCACUUUGCUCUCCCGGACUUUCUCCACUUCUCGCGCCUUUACCCGCCAUUCCGCGGGAAGCUCUGAACUGUUUGAGUAUACGUCUGGGAGAUGGAUCUACAAUGAAGCUGUGAAACUCGCGGAACGACGACGCGUCUUCAACGUCCCCGAAUUGAAGCGCCUUGCUGCCGAGUCGAUUAACCAAGGCGCGAAUGAUGUCGCUCGCUUCGAGAAGCUUGCCGAGGGAGGUUUUAACCGUAUUUUCCUAGUGACAAUGAACGAUGGCUCCCAAGUCAUCGCUCGUAUCCCGUAUCCCAGUACCGAACCGAAGUACUUCGUGGUAGCCAGUGAAGUGGCGACUUUGGAUUACCUUCGUCUGCAUGAUAUACCCGUGCCCAAGGUUUUUGGCUACUCGGCCACAGCAGAUAACGCGGCAGGCACGGAAUACAUCUUUAUGGAAUAUGUCCGUGGACGAGACUUGGGUGACUUAUGGUUCGACCUGUCCGAAGAUGCCUGUUCCACAAUCAUUAAAAACAUUGUCGAGUUGGAAGCUCGCCUUUUUAGACUACAAUUUCCAGCUAGUGGAAGCCUUUACUAUACGACGGAUCUGCGCUCCAAAACUGAUACACCAUCCGUGCCGGUGGAAGAUUCGCCGAGCAAUGGCCGGUUCAGUAUAGGUCCUGACACUUCGUUGCGAUUGUGGUUCGGGAAAAGACGGGAACUGCAAGUCGAUCGUGGCCCGUAUGAGACUGCCGAAGCGGCUAUGGCUGCGGGCGCCAAAAAGGAGCUUGCUUACUUAGCUAGGUUUGGUAAACCACUGCAACCUCUUCAACCUAUGUAUAGAGAGUUGUACAAAUACCAGAAAGUGUCACAUUUGGAUCAAAUGAGGAAUUUAGAAAACUACCUACGGGCUGCGCCUCAUCUUGUCCCUGGAAAAUUUAAAUUCCUCUGUGAGCCUACAAUCAGACACCCAGACUUGCAACCGAAUAAUAUCUUGGUCUCCGACGAUCUUAGAAUCACUGCGUUGAUAGACUGGCAGCAUUGCUCUAUUUUACCUCUGUUCCUGCAAUGUGGCUUCCCAGACAGUAUACAGAAUUACGGAGACGAGGUAUCUGAAUCUCUCGACACGCCAAAGCUGCCAGACGACUUCGAGAGCCUGGAUGACAGCAACAAGUCGGAACAGCUCGAAAUUCUCCGAAGACGGCAUAUCCAUUAUUUCUACGCGUGGUAUUCCGUGAAGUUGAACUCUAUUCAUGGUAUUGCUUUGGACCACGAUCUAAGCAUUCUCAAGCGCAAAAUCUUCGAGCACGCGAGCAGACCAUGGGAAGGGGACAACGUGUCGCUAAAAGCGGACCUCGUUUACUUAGCGCAGAACUGGGGCAAACUGUCGAACCCAUCGUCCGGUACUAAUCCAGGUGUCUGCCCGUUAGAAUAUUCGCCCGACGAGGCAAGCGAAUGCUUGAAUCUUAAUGACGAGCAGAUCGAAUCGGACGAAGAGCUACAGAUCUUCAGGAACUAUGUUGGAGUGGGGCCAGAUGGGUGGGUGCCGUCGAACCGAUAUGACGAAUCCAAGCGACGUGAAAUGAAAUUGAAGGAACUUGCGCUCGAGGCAGCUAAGACGGAAGAGGACCGGGCUAGGAUCUCCGAGAACUGGAUCUUCAAGGAUUACGACGAGGAGAUAUACAGGUAGCUGUACUGUACAUAUCUUUGCGCGGGGGUCUACGGUGGGUCAUACGUUCGAUCACACUACGAGCGCCCGGAUGUUCGGAAUGGCUCAAUUCUGCACUCUGCUGUAAAUUAUUUCGGAUUUCUCCCCUCUCUGAGCACAUGUACGCGAACAUUGCAAUUGGUGUUUCUUCGGCGGGCCAUUCUUCCCGCUGUAAACCGAUCUAUUUAUCGUGCUUGCGUCGAGCAUCCUUGGAAAUUGAGUUCU